CAAAGAAUUUGGCUACCCUCGAGAGGUUUGGAUGCGCGCCGCAGACGACAGCUCCCUUCCUCCGCCACCACCUUGUACAUUUAGAUGCGCCUUCUCUAUCUCGCUCUUUCAUUCCCAUCCACCUAGGCCCAUUGUCCAGUCCCUUCAGCCUCCGCCUCACGCCUCCAUCACCGUCCCCGCGCCAGAAAAAUGGCUGCUUCCAAUGACGCCUCGACGCCAGUGAAAGCUGAGUCGACGGCCCCGGAGAAGCCAGUGAACGGAGAGGCUGCUCCUGCGGAGAACGGAGAGCAGACGGAAGAGGACGCCGGCAAUGGCCAGCCCAUUGACAACGUCUUCACUCUGACCGUCAAGUUGCCACACGAGCCAUUCGAGACCCAAGUCAUCGCCUCGACGCAAGAACAGGUCCAGGACCUCCGCCAAUCCAUCAUUGACGCCCCGCACACCUUCCAAUACUCCUGCUUCCACCUCGAGCACAACGGCGAGCGCAUCAAUGACUUCGUCGAGCUGUCGGAGGUCCCUGGCAUUGGCCCGGAGUCGGAGCUGAAGCUGGUGGAGGACCCUUACACCGAGAAGGAGGCUAGGAUGCACUUCAUCAGGACAAGGGAGCUCAUUGGCGCCUCCGGUGACCGGACAGACACUGCGCAUGGUGCUCUGGCUGGCGUGUCGCUUCUGCAUGACGUCUCGGCCAACAUCGCUGCUGCUGAGGCCAAGGCCGCUGGCAAGCCCGAGAGCUCCGUGCUGGAUAACUACAGCUUCGACUCGGCGGGUUCCGUCCAGACCUUGUUGCCUCUGCCGCAGGACUCCGCGCCCAAGACGGUCAAGGCCAUCUCGUUGUCGCCGUGGAACCCCCCUCCCUACCACCUUCGCGCCAAGGGCCACCUGCUGUACCUGCAGGUGACCACGAACGAGGGCGAGCAGUACCAGAUCACUUCGCACGUCUCUGGUUUCUUCGUGAACAAGUCGACCAACCAGAAGUUCGACCCGUUCCCCCGUUCGGCGCCCAAGGCCAUCGCGGAGCACUCGCUGCUCACGCUCAUCCAGAAGCUGUCGCCUUCGUUUGAUGCUUCUUUCCAGGAGCUUCUCGAGUACAACAACGCCAAGGACCCUCUCGCCAUGUUCCAGCUGUCCAACGCCAUUCCCGCGAGCCCGUGGAUGGUUCCCCCGCCGACCUCUGCCGUCAACUCCCACCAGGCCGACAUUACCCGUACGCAGGAGAACUACCUCAUCUCCGGCCUGGAGAGCGCGGACAACCUCCGUGACUGGAACGAGGAGUUCCAGUCCACCAGGGAGCUGCCCCGUGAUUCCGUUCAGGACCGCGUCUUCCGUGAGCGCCUCACCUCCAAGCUGUUCGCCGACUACAACGAGGCGGCUGUGCGCGGUGCGGUGCUCGUCGCUCGUGGCGAGGUCGCUCCUCUGAACCCCACUGAGGGCAAGGAUGCGCAGAUCUUCGUCUGGAAUAACAUCUUCUUCUCUUUCGGUGCUGAUGGCGUUGGUACCUUCGCCACUGACGGUGGCGAUGAGGCUGCCCGCGUCGCGACCGGCAAGGACGUCAUGGGUGUCAAGGCUGUUAACCAGCUCGACAUCACCGGUCUUUUCACCCCCGGAACCGUCGUUGUUGACUACCUCGGUAAGCGUAUUGUCGGUCAGAGCAUCGUUCCGGGUAUCUUCAAGCAGCGCGAGCCUGGCGAGCACCAGAUCGACUACGGUGGUGUUGAAGGCAAGGACGUGGUUGCUGAGAACGAGGCGUUCGCCCCUCUUUUCGAGCAGCUGUCCAAGGCUAUGCGUGUGAAGAAGCACACUGUUUGGGACAAGGAGAACAAGGCCCACGUUCUGGAGGGCUCCGUCGAGACGAAGGGUCUCCUCGGUACGGACGGCAGGAAGUACGCGCUUGACCUGUACAGGAUCACCCCUCUGGAUGUUGCUUGGUUGGAGCAGUACUGGCAGGAGCCUGAGGAGGGCAAGACUAAGGACAAGGAGCGGGAUUACCCUCACCGCAUGGCCGUUAUGCGUACUGAGCUUGUCGAGUCCUACAACCGUCUCAAGCUUCGGGAGUACGUCAAGGCGGAGCUCACCAAGCGCCAGGAGGCCAAGGAGGCUGCCAAGAAGGAAGAGGAGGAGAAGAACAAGGAGAACGGCGAGGCCAAGACCGAGACUGAGGGCGAGGGCGAGAAGAAGGAGCCCGAGCAGGACCGCGUCGACAUCUCCGGCUUCCAGUUCGCGCUCAACCCCGAUGUUUUCUGCGGCCAAGUGCCCCAGACCGACGAGGAGAAGGAGGAGUACGCCAAGGACGAGGCUGAGGUCCGCGCCGCGUGCAACUACCUCAGCGACGAGGUCAUUCCUCGCCUCAUCCGUGACCUGCAGGAGGGAGAUGUUGGAUUCCCUAUGGACGGCCAGUCUCUCACCAGCCUUCUCCACAAGCGUGGUAUCAACAUGAGGUACCUCGGCAAGAUUGCCACCCUGGCCGACAAGGAGGACCCCAGGCUCAACGCCGUCAAGCGCCUUGCUGUCCAGGAGAUGAUUGCUCGUGGUUUCAAGCACGUUGCCAAUGACAAGCUUCGCUACCUCCCUGCGCCUUUCUCUGGUGCUUGCGUUGCCCACUUGCUCAACUGCUUCCUCGGCACCGACCUGAACGCCGAGCCCAAGGCUGAGGUCGACACUUCCCUCAAGGCCUUGUUCGCUGAGGGUGACUACAGCUUUGAGUCGGUCACUCCCGAGAGCCUCAAGUCCGCCAUUAUCGGCGAGAUUGCCCAGAGGUUCCGCUUCGACAUCGGCGAGAACUGGUUUGAGUCUGGCAAGCAGCUCCAGAUGCUCCGUGAGGUCUGCUUGAAGCUUGGUCUUCAGGUUGAGGCCAAGGAGUACGCUUUCACUAAGGAGCAAGCGUCCCAGGCUCCGGCUGCCGCCCCUGCGGUUGAGGCCAAGCCCCAGACCAACGGCAAUGCUGCUGGUUCUGGCAAGAAGAACAAGAAGAAGGGUGGUGCGGACAAGGCCUCUCCUGCUCGUUCUGCUGCCCCUGCGACGCCCGCUCCGGCUGUCACAUUCCGCCCUGACGACAUUCAGAACAUCGUUCCCCUUGUCAAGGAGGCGUCGCCCAAGAGCGUGCUUGCUGAGGAGGCCCUCGAGGCUGGCCGCAUCUCCAUCGCCCAAGACCAGAAGGACCUGGGCCAGGAGCUCCUUCUGGAGUCCUUGUCCCUGCACGAGCAGAUCUACGGUGUUCUCCACCCCGAGGUCGCUCGUGUCUACCACCAGCUUUCCACUCUUCUCUAUGGCUUGGAGGAAAAGAACGCUGCCGUUGAGCUGGCCCACAAGGCUGUCAUCGUCUCUGAGCGUACUCUUGGUGUCGACUCGUCCGAGACCGUCCUGGCGUACCUCAACCUCGGUCUGUUCGAGCAUGCCAACGGCAACACCAAGGUCGCUCUUGGUUACGUCCGCCAUGCUCUCGAGUUGUGGAAGGUCAUCUACGGCAACAAGCACCCUGACUCGAUCACCACGAUCAACAACGCUGCCGUGAUGCUCCAGACCAUGAAGCACUACCACGAUUCUCGUCUGUGGUUCGAAGCCUGCCUUGCCAUCAGCGAGGAAGUCUCGGGCAAGCAGUCGAUCAACACCGCCACGCUGCUCUUCCAGCUGUCGCAGGCCCUGGCCCUCGACAAGGACAUGCACGCUGCUGUCAACCGCAUGCGCGAGUCCUUCAACAUCUUCAACGCCAUCCUUGGCCCCAACGACCGCAACACCAAGGAGGCCGAGUCUUGGCUUGAGCAGCUCACGCAGAGCGCCGUCGUUCACGCCAAGCAGAUCCGCGACGUCCAGGCCGGUCGCAUUCGCCGCAUCCCGCUCACGCCGCGCCAGAACCUGCGCCCGCAGCCGCGCGUCGGCCAGACGGUCAGCGAGGCCGUCGGCGGCCGUGCUCCCAACUCGAGCGCCAGCGGAGACAUGCAGCAGCGCAGCAUCGAGGAGCUCGUUCGCUACAUUGAGGGCGAGCCGCAGAAGAAGAGCGGCGCGAGCAAGAAGAAGCAGCAGCAGAAGCCGAGGAGGCCCGGUCGCGCGGGCGGUAACUAAGGUCGCAUAGCCCUGCUUUCUGCACGCAUUGGGUUUUGGUUUGGAUGGGCGGAGGCCAAAAAAGUCACUUGUCUUGUUUUAUAUCAAUCCCUUCUGUUCUGUCUUGCGGUAAAAGCUUGUAUGCGUACAUAACUGGCCCGGUGGUUUGUGCAGAGCAUGGAAGGCAGCAUUGUGGGCCGCCGGGUACAUUUUGGCGUCUUGUCAUUACCUGUAGGUUGAAAUCGCCGCUCUGAGAGGACGCAUAGGUCCUCGCCGUGUAUGAUAUUUCUGUGUAGCGCUCUGCUGUACCUACGAGUAGAAUCGAGAGUGGUGAUGCGCCAAGGCGG